ACAGACUUCGUCGAUGUGUAAUCAAUCUAAGAUAAGGGCGAAUAAAUUAAAGACAGAUAAAAAAAUAUCACGCGCUAAAGCAAAGCGGUUAAACUUGUGUCACGAAGUGUACUACCGGAAUUUCGAAACACUGUGGGAAUUUCGAAUUGGUAUUCCGCGCGCGAUACGUUUCCGGUAUUUCCGUCGCUCGCCAAAACCGCGCUGAGUUUUCUCGUCCCUGCAACCCGUACAGCAUCUGAAAAUAGUCAAAGAGCUCUGUCGGGUAUUGGAAAGCAUCCAAAGGAACCUCCGUGUCUCAGCAACUUCGGGGUCCUUUUCCUUUUGCUCCCUCUCUUUCGUCUGAAACGUGGUUCGUACGCGUGCAUCGCUUCGUCCCGCAAUUCUCGGCUUUCGACCCGCAUUUCGCACGGAUAUCAUCCACAUACCGAACCGUCUCUUGCUGGGAAGAUGCAAGAGAGCAGCAUCAUCGUUCUGGAUCUUUCAGAGACCUGAUGCUUAUUUCCCGCGCAAUAAUUGUUUCCGGAAGAGACGAUGUUCAGCUUUAAACAGUGCUUCUUUUUAGUCCCUGUCCCCUCGUUGUAGGCGGCUUGGCAGGUGUAAGUGUCUCAAUAAUUCUCCGCUCGAGAGGCUUUCUUUGGCUCGCACCCAAGAGAUAUGCCAGGUAGUACCACCUCACCCCCCGAUCCGCCCAAGGCCAAGGUGACGGAAACGUCCGCAAGGAACGGUGUCUUUGUUCGUCCUGUAGCAGUCGCUGGAAUAUUCCGCCCCGUCGAGGAGACACCCCCCGCUCUGCCUGAGAAAAGGAGAUUCUCAACAUUGGUAGGAGAUCUUAGGCCUUGCAGUUCUGGAGAUGGUGCUGCCGCUGAAGAUUUUGCCCGUCGGCGGCAAUCUUGGGAUGCCCGGCAGAAAGAAGUUCCUUUCGGGCAAAGUUUACUGAGGAAAACACCGAGGAAUACCGGUUCUAGUUUGUCGCGUAUAGUGAAGGAGGAGAAAGCAAGCACCAACGGUUCUGUCGCGGAAGAAAUUUCUUGUGCGGUAGAAAAUCGAAAAGUAGAUGUCAGUAAGAGCAAUUCUGUCAAUACUGUGCCGUCGUCUAAUUCUCUGAAUGCUAUCAAAGAAAACAAAUCGGAUGUUAAGGCUUUAGAUGCUGAAUCCAAAAUAUCCCAGCGUUCUGAUUCAAAUCUAACUGAACAUAAUUUGCGGAACAAAAAUAUUAAGGAUGUAGAUCGAAAAAUUAUAUCCACAGCUAAAUCAUCUACGGUGGUUCAAAGUGCGAGUACUGAAUCUUCAAUACAAAAAGAUACUAGUGUAACAGAAAGCGUAAAGCAAACUAAAAAGGUCUAUGGGUUAAGGAAACGGGAACCAAAACCUGAUGUAGCAUCUGAUGGAAAAACUGAGAAUGUUGCUAGUAGAGGAAUAUCUUCGUUGAGUGCCAUUUCUAAAUGUGAUACAAAAACUGAGAAUGUCCCGUCUAAAACUCCCAGUACCACUUCCGGAUUAGCUUCAAAAGCUGACAAUAUUGCACCUAAAGUUAGCAAUGCGACUAUUGCUGAGAUUAAAACACAAAAUGCAUCGAAAGGAAUAUUUCUAAGUAAUACUUCAAAGUCUGAUACGAAAGGUAACAAUUCUGCGUUUAAAGUAAACGGUUCAAAUAGUGUGUCUAGCUGUGAUGUAAAGACUAUAAGUAUCACUUCGACUACGAUUUCUUCGAAUUCUGUCUCCUCUCCAGAUGUAAAAAUUGAAAAUAUAGAAUCUAAAGUAACUUCUUCGAAUGAGACAAUCUCCAAAUCCGAUGUGAAAUCAAAACUUGCUUCUUCCAAAGGGGGAUCUUUGAAUACUGCUUCUAGACUUGAUACAAAAUCUGAAAAUGCAGUGUCUAAAGGAACAUCUUCUAUAAAUAUUUCCAAACCGGAUGUUACUGUUUCACCACUUGUACCUUUGAAUGCUAUUUCCAAAACUGCAAAUAUAGAAGUGAAAGAAAUAUCGUCUGUAAGCGCCACUACCGAUGUUGAAGCUACCAAACCUAAAGCUAAGAUUUAUGGAUUAUCUAAGUCGAACGUAAAAAAGGAACCGGAAGCAGAAAAAAUUUCUGAAGUUCGCGAAGAACCUCUGAAAAAGCCAUCGGCAUCAGUCGAUUCUUCAACUGUUGCUCCUGUUAAAAAUAUCUCUAAACCUUCUGAGUCUGAAAUUAGUAAGUCUGAACCAGUAAAAGAGCCUAGUAGGAAUUCUGAACCUGCUAAACCUGAACCGAAUAAAUCAGAGAAACAGCAAGUCAAUAUUAAAGCCUCAUCUCCACCAAAAGAAUUUCGAACUGUGAGGAGGACAUCUGAUGUGAUAGCUGCUAAAAUUCAAAAUAUCUUCUCGAAUAUUGCCACAAACGAAAAACCAUCACCUGUUGCGCUGAAAAAAUCUAAAGUUCCAGACAGAAGCGUUCAAUCUGUUGAUAACAAAGCCUCUAGUGCUUCAGAAAGCAAAAGUAAGGAACAAAGCUUAGGUAGUGUACAAGGUGGAUCUGAGCCUAUUCGAGCUGUGGACACUCAAAGUACGAACUUGGAAAAAAAGGAUAUUUCUAAAUCAGGUCAGAAGCCGUUAGUCGAAAGCCAAAGUGUUAAAGGUGGCAAAAGUAGUGACGGAAACUUAAUCGAUUCAAAUCAGAAAUCUUCUUUUAUCAGAUCUAGUAGCGAGAGUCAUAAAGAAGAUCUGAAUGCAUCGAAAAUAGAAAAGUCAUUAAUGCCGGGAUGUAAUAAUGCAAAAAAAUCUCCUGAAAGUAGUGAAGUUAAAACCGAACAAUCGGUUAGGAAGGGGGAUUCUAAAAGUGAAUAUUCAUUCAACUCUUCGUCAAAGGCUUCGGUGAAAAAAACCUCCAACGCUGAAGGCAAGAUGCCAAUUAAAAAAAUGGAUCAGAACUGUUCAGGUGGUACGGUGUCGUCGGCCAAUCAGAAGACUGACCGUAAAUCUUCUGACUCGACAGGGUCUUUGAGCACUGCGAUGGAACAGAGCAAAGAAAGUGCUUCUCUUAAAGAGACAGGUGUCACGAAUAAUAACACUUUGGAAUUGCAAGAUGAAAAAAAUUCUAAAAAUAUGCUUUCUUCACAAAUGAAGAACAUCUCUCUCACUAAUGCGUCGCAGAAUUCUGAAGUAAAUUCAAGGAAUGUCAGCCAGAUAAGAAGUUCAGAAACUAAUGUUUUGAAAGCGAAUUUUCUUUCACAUUCUACUGUGACAAGCAGUACUGUAACGCAGAGAAGCACAUCACGCAGUGGCACUGUAUCUAAUCAGUCUGAGUACUGUAAAGUUCAAAGUGAAAUGUCUAAAAAUUUGAAUGGCAGCAUCGAAUCCACUGAAAUUACGAAAGUAGAAGUUAGUAAGAUCAUUCCUUCUACAGUACCUGGGAUUGUACCCACAGUUAAUGUUCUUUUCAGAACGAAAAGUCCGCAAGGUCAGUCUGCUGUCAAAGAAGAAAACAGGAAGAAAGUUGUAGUUGAAACGUAUUCUAACAGUUCUCCUAUAGCAUCUGCUGUGAUAAAUCAAUCCAAUCUUACAGGAAAAUUGAAAUCUGAUGAAGAACGCAUUUCCGCAAGUGCUGCAGAUGUUGAGAAAGAACCUGUUACAGCAAUAGAGUGUGUACAAAAGGCAUCUAAAGUUCCAGCGAAACAUACAAUUGUUAAUUUGCAAAAGGAAGAAGUGGCUACUGUGACUCUUAUGCCUAAAGCCGAAGCAAAAGUUGUGGAUACGAAAACAUCACCUGCUGUGGACAGAUUAAUUGGUUCCGAGGCUAAUAAUGUUUCAAGUGCCGGCAAAGAUAGCAAUCUUGAAGUUUUUACCUGUAAGGAAAAUGGUAUUUUUGUCCCAACAGGAAUUACACCAGUAACGGAUAAGACUGCAACCAAAAUUUCAGACAAUUACAAAAUUGCGGAUAUUAGUGUUUCUUCUAAAAUCGAUAAGGAUAUCACAACAGAGAAUAAACGUAGUGAAAUGAAAAGUUCUACUCUUGAUAGCAAAAUGACUGUUGUGGAUCUUGGGGACUGGAAUAAGAAAUUCCAGCGUGUUGAGCCAGAAGCCCCUCGAGCUCCUCUUCGCCGUCGCGCCUUGCGAGACUCCCUGCCCCCUAUGCUGCCCCUCCGCUCGCCGUCUCGCUAUGGAUCCCUGAAACGCAUCGAAGAUACACCGCGAUAUGUGCCGCGAUCGCCCUCCCAAAGCUGUUUGUCCCCUCAGCGCUAUUCGUACACUGAAAUGCUUUCCAAAGUGUGCAGCAUGGGUGUGUUACCUUAUGUUGAACCUGGCAUAUCUAAGUCUUGUUCUUCGUCAUCAUCACAGGUGUCCGAGCUGUGGUCCGAGUUGAGUGAAGAGCAAACUACUGCCACCCAUGCCUCUGAAAUGCUGGAAGCUGAAACAACAGAGAGGAUGAGAUUGGAGAAGGAAGUCCAAGAGCUCCAGAAUCGUUGUAGCCAAGUGCAGCAACGAUCGGAUAAAAUGGAGAUGGAAAUGAUUGAAGCUAGAGUGUAUAGAACUCCAGAACUUAAUGGAGAUCUGUCAGAUGAUGAUCUCGAAGGUAAUAGCUCUUUAUAUAAGCAAAAAUAUGAACGAGCUGUGAGAGAUAUGGAGAUCAUGAAAAGGAGAAUUCAGCAGCAACAUGAAGAAGAAAUGGAACAGAAAACAAUGCUCAAAAAAGCCUCUGAUAAAAGGUUGGCAGAAGCAUUAGAAGAUGUUGAGGAAGAAAGACAGGUGGCUAAUCAAUGGAAGAGAAAAGCUCAGAAAUUGGGCUCAGAACUGCAGGAUAUCAGAUUGAUGUUAGAAGAACAAAUGGCAAGAAAUGGGGAGUUAGAAAAAAAACAGCGCAGGUUUGAUGCUGAGCUGAGUGCUGCACAAGAAGAAAUAAAAAAGGAAAGGCUUCUUCGAGAAAAAAUUACUCGAGAGAAAGAACAGGCUCUUCAUGAAAAGUAUUCACUUGAACAAGAUGUGCAGUCUGCAAAGUUAGAUUCCGACAUGCUUCAUGAAAAAAUUGCUCAAUUAAACAGAGAGCUGGAUGAGUUGACACUUAGCAGUAAAGGAGAGGAGGAGGUCACCCAGCUGAAACGUGCUAAACAGGAACUUGAACGCAAAACUAGAGAUCAAGAAGAAGAGCUUGAAGAACUUGCUGCACAAGUACAAAUGCUAGAGCAAGCAAAAUUACGCCUUGAGAUGUCUCUGGAAAAAGUGAGGCAGGAACAUCGUAGGGAAGCCUCUGUUAGAGAAGAAGAAAUUGAAGAAAUCCGAGCUAGUUUCUCGAAAAAGAUUAAGAAUUUGGAAGCUCAGCUGGAGUCUGAACAGGAUGAAAGGCACCAGCUUGUGAAGCAAAAGCAUGAGCUAGAGAGACGCAUUUAUGAGUUAACUGACCAGCCACCUCCUCAAGAUCCAGAAAUAGAGCGCAGGUUACGAAGAGAUUUGAAGCGCACUAAAGCACUUCUGAGAGAUGCCCAAUCUAUGCUAGAACACACUCGUGAAGGACAAUCUGGUAAAACUCUCAUUAGACAGCUUAAGAACCAGCUUGAAGACUCUGAGUUCGCAAAAGCAGCUGCUGUCAAAGCUCGUCAAGCUGUAGAAGCUGAGCUGCAUGAGUGUCAGUUGCAACUAGAAGAAGUUACUAGAGCCAAGAAUGAGGCUGAGAGUCGUUGCCUGCAAUUAUCUCGAGAAAAGAGUGCAAUUCAGACUCAAUUAGAAGAAGCUGAAGAAGAAAUGGCUGAAGUUAUGAAGAAGUACAAAUCUGUAGUAGCCCAGAUGUCUAUAGAUCAGAAAACUAUAGCAGACCAAAAUCAGCAGAUAGCCGAGUUAGAAACUGAGAGACAGAUGUUGAAAGAUCAACUAAGUGAAGUUAGCCACAAAUUUGAACAUUUAGCUGGGCAGUCUGAAGAUACGCAUAAAGUCCACCGGUUGGAUAGCAAAGUGAGAGACCUUGAAUCCAAGUUGGAACUUGAACAAACUACCAGAGCCCGUCUAGAGCACCAAAUUGCCAGGUUGAAGGAGCAAAAUGACCGGGCCAGAGAAGAAUGUGAUUCACUGAGGAACAAAGAAUUACAGGCUCAAGAAGGUGUUCGACGAUUGCAACGUCAACUCAGAGAUUUACGAGAGGAUUAUGCCGCUCUUCAACAGAAAGAAGCAGAUGCCUAUCGUAAACAACAUGAAUUGGAAAUGGCAUUAGAAAAUUCUGAAACAGACUUGCAAGUGACCAAAAAUGAUCUGCGAUUAGCAUGUCAACGAAUUCAGGAUCUUCAGAAUGCCCUUGAAGAUGAUUUGGAUUCAGGUACUGAUGUACCUGAUGACAGUGGUUCAGACAGUGAUAGCAGUUUUGAGUUGUCCGUUCUGAGGAACCAGAGCAUGACACCCGUCCAACGUUGUGAUAGUGUUGCUAGCAACCUUAGCUAUGGAACUCUCGAAGGACCACAUUCUCGAACGUCUUCCUUCAGUCAUGAACUAUCUGCAUUUAGCAGUAGGAAUGAUGCUGAGAAGGACGUCAAUGGAUUUUCUGGGGUGAACAAUUCCAGCCACCUUCUUGACACAGAUCAUGAUGAAACAGUGUAAAGUUAAUUUUGGACCAGUCCGUUUCCUCCGCCCCAACUGAGAAUGCAAAGUGGCUGGCCACGGACUGUGUCAUCACAGAGGGCCGGAGGUCAUUCAAGUAUUUAAAUGGUAGAAUACUGCCUUUCUUUGGUGCGCUGUUUUUUUAUAGCCUAUUGUGUUUUGAAAACAGCUUCUGCCAGAGUUGUGCAAGCAUAAAGUUUCUAUUUAUUAUACUAUUCAUUUGGGUUUCCUCCUUCUUAGUCAUAAAUGUUUUAAGAAUACAUUUUACAAUCUUUUUAUUAUAUUGAUAAUUUUGUGUACAUAAUGUAAAAACUAUGCAAAUUCAAAUAUUAUGUACUGUUAUUUUUAUUUACACUCAUAUAUAAGAAAUAUGGCUAUCAGUUGUAAUUCCAGGGCAAAUAAAAUAAUGUGCAUACUUUCGUAUGAAUAUUGCACUUUAGCAAAAGAAAUGAACUCCUAGCAGAUGUUUUAAACAUGUUUAUGUUGUUAAAAGGCUUUCAUCUGUAUUCCAUAACCGACAUUGUAUAAAAUAAACUUGUAUGGUGUUACUUCAAAAAAAUAUAUAUAUAUAUAAAAGAAACUGUAAACUUAACUUCCUCUUCAAGAUAUUAUAUUUAUUUAAUAUGCUUUUUGUGUCGUAAUGGAAGACUUCAAUGGCUGAGUAUCUGUGAUGAUCCUUUUACAUUUUUACUUCAUUAAUAUGUUCAUUUUUUAAAAUUAAUUAUGAAAAGUGAGUUGCAUUUAUACUUUAUAUUUAAAAAAAAUGUGUUGAAAAAUAAUAUUUUUGAAUUACCUGAUUUUUCUUGCAAUAUUUUGAAACAUUACUGUUUUUUGAGUGCUUAUAUUAUUGUUGACGUUACUUGAUGUGAGCACAAUAGGUUAACAAAUUUGAUAAUAAUAAUAGCUGAUAAAUUUAUAUUUUUAUGUCACUUAUAUUUUUCAGUUGAUAAAUUAUAUAUUUUUUGUCACUUAUAUUUUUAACUUACCUCGGUACUCUCAUGUAUUUUUAUUAAAUGAUUUUCAAAUAAAAUUCUCGAAUAUAAAUAAUAAAGGUAUGAAAAUGAAUGUUAUGUAGUGGUAAUAAGGAGUUUUACCAAUUUUAUUAUUUAUUAUAAAUCAUAAAUGAGAAUGUUAUAUCAUCUGAUAGCCCUUGUACUAAUGCAUAUAAAGUAAUUAAUGUUGACAGUAAGCUUUAAAAGGCAUUAUUGAAAUAAAAUAUUACAAAGAAAUAUAUAAUUAAAUAAUGGUUCUUCUUAUUUACCGACAAUAUAAAUAUAUUUGAAAUUUAUUCUUUUGAUAGCAUUAACUGAUUAUUGUAACUGCAAUAGCAAAAAUAUGCUGUUUUAAAGUUUCAGAACAUUAACUAUGAUGUAAAUGUUUAUAUAUCAAGUACAAGCUAAUAGGUUUACCCCCCCCCCCUCCCCGAUGUUUCUUGGUGCUUAACCUUUGAUUUGCUGAUGCUUUUGAAACUGACAUGCUGGCACAUCUGAAACAUUUGGCAAAGCAAAGAAAUGGGUGAGGUGCGAGUAAUAUAUAAAUGUUGUCCUAGUUGUGGAUGAGAUACUUAAAUCAUUUGUGUUAUGUGUAUUCCGAGUGCUGUUGAAUAUAAAAAAAGGCAAAUUAAUAUAUAUAUUGUUUUUUAGUAGUUAAAUGAUAUUUACAUAUAAAUCUUCUUCCAUUUGCAUGUGUUCUUAUUAUUUUCUGUUCCUUGUGUACUGCCAUCAAAACAAAAAAGGUUUGUUAAUUUUCAGUUUUUGCAAGACAUUAGAAUUUAUGUAAAGAUUCCAUCUAUGACUGAAUUCAGAUUUUCCUCCCUUAUAUUCAGGUUAGAGUUAAAAUUUAAAUUUGGCAAAAGUAUAUUGUUUUUUCUCAAAAAUGAUAUCCCUGUUUCACGAGAGUCAUCAAGUAGUUUUGUCUGCAUUUAAAAUAUUGUUACAUAAUUUUUUUAUAACAAAAUGGAAUGCAUUUCAAAUGAAUGUAAAUAUUUUAAAAUUUUGUAUAGGUAAUUCUUUCUUUAUUUUCAUUUAAUAUCUUUUAUUUAUACAAAUUUCCAAAUCUUCCUGCCAGCAAGGUAAAAUUUUAAUUCUACUUCUGCAUUUUUGUAUACUUACUUUUUGUUAUUUUAUUUCUAACUACAUCUGUAUGUAAUUGGGAUGAUGCCUAAAAUUGGCCCUUUUAGUUUCAAAUUGAUUUAUAACAACAUUCUGAUGAAAGUUAAUAUAGACUCUUUAUUUUUUUAAUCAAAAAAAGGAUACGACUUUGAAUUUUUUAUAUUUAUUUUUUUCUUUCCCCCCCUCCCCCCCCCUCCCCCCCCCCCCCCUUUUUUUUUUUUUUUUUUUUUUUUUUUUUGGGCUGCAUUUAUAAUUUCUUCACUUUGAGCAAAAUUUUUUAGUUUUAAAAUGGAAGUAACUGUAAUAAUACCCUCCCUUCCCAGUUAUUCCAAAAAUAUAUUGUAAUUUAAUGUACUAAGAUUAUUGUUAUUAUUAUUCAAGACUGAAUUUUCUACUUCUCUGUACUUUAAAUUUCUUAAAAUAAAUACUCUUAAUUUCAUAUAACACUCAAAUAACAAGCAAUUAAAUUUUGUAUGCAUAUCAAAAUACGUCAAUCAAGCUGCUCUUCCUUAAAUGCAAAUUUGUCGUUCUAAUUGGAAAGUUAUAAUUAUGUAUGACUCAGAAUCCUAUGAAUGAGUCAUUGAUUCACAUGUUAAUUGUCUUAAGAAUGAAAACAAUUUUUUUAAAGCCAUUUGUGAUUUGAAAGCAGAAUAAAGCAUUCAAUAAGAAACCUCUGAAGCAUAAGUUAAGUGAAAGGAAUGCUAUUAUGAAUGUUUUAUUUAGGCUUUCAGGUACAAUAUAUACUUUUGCCAAAACUUGCCAUUUUGUGAAAGAAAGAAUUUAUUGUUGUGUCAGUGUAGCUCACGUCAUUUAGAAGUGUGCAUCGUCUUUUUAUAUAUUUUGUAUAAAUGAGUUUAUACAUUCAAAUAUGGAGUGAGAUACAGAUAUUGUGCACACUCCUUUUGUUUUCUAAUGCAAUAAAAACCUUUUUUUUUUUUUUUUUUUUUU